UAUCAUGAAGAAGAGCCAAUGCUGGCCACAAUUAAUCAAAUGGAACCGUCCAAAGUCCACAUCAUCUCCACCCUUUAUCUCUCAUAUCUCUUCCAUAUAUAUAAGAAGUUUCUAAAAGCCAAUUUGGCUCCUCCCUUAUCCUGUAUAUAUAUAUAUAUAUAUAUAUAUUACCCCAUCUCCAACUCUUUUUAUUCUUUAAUUUCCCACAUAUUAUAUCUCUCUUUCUCUCUCCCGCUUUGUGCUGUGUCAUGAAAUGGCAAAAAUUGGUGUGGUGGUGCUGCUACUCUUCUUGAGCCUCUAUGUGUUUCCUCAAUUGGGCUCUGCACAGCUCCAGCAAAACUACUAUGCUAACAUUUGCCCCAACGUCGAGACCAUCGUGAGGAAUGCCGUCACGAAGAAGAUUCAGGAGACCUUUGUGACCGUCGGAGCCACAAUUCGCCUCUUCUUCCACGAUUGCUUCGUUCAGGGAUGUGAUGCCUCGGUGAUAAUCGUGUCGACAGGGAACAACACGGCGGAGAAGGACAACCCAAUUAACCUCUCCCUCGCUGGAGACGGAUUCGACACCGUGAUUCGGGCUAAGGCGGCGGUGGAUGCAGUCCCCCAGUGCACGAAUAAGGUGUCGUGUGCCGAUAUCCUCGCGAUGGCCACUCGGGACGUCAUAGCUCUGGCGGGCGGGCCGUCAUAUGCGGUGGAAUUGGGGAGGUUGGAUGGGCUGAGCUCGACGGCGAGCAGUGUUAACGGGAGGUUGCCACCACCGAGUUUCAAUUUGGAUCAACUUACCUCUCUAUUCGCAGCAAACGGGCUCUCUCAAUCCGACAUGAUCGCUCUCUCAGCGGCUCACACGGUGGGCUUCGCUCACUGCAGCACCUUUGCGAACCGCCUAUACAACUUCAGCCCAGGAAGCCCAGUGGACCCAAGCUUCAACCAGGCCUACGCGGCCCAGCUACAGGCCGCAUGCCCUCCUAACGCAGACCCGAACCUAGCCGUCGCAAAUGACCCGGUCACUCCCCGGGUCUUCGACAACCAGUACUACAAGAACUUACAACAAGGAAUGGGCCUCUUCACCUCAGACCAAGUCCUCUUCACGGACUCGCGAUCGGCGCCCAUCGUCAACUCAUGGGCCCAGAGCCCGCAAGCAUUUCAGCAGGCCUUUGUUACCGCCAUCACGAAGAUGGGGCGGGUCGGAGUCAAAACCGGGUCUCAGGGAAACAUUCGCCGCAAUUGCGCCUUCUUCAAUUAAUUGAAAGGAAAAAAAACAAAACAAAACAAAACAGGGUUGUUUUAUUUUGUUCAAAUUACAAAAUUGUAUUCAUUCUUGAGGAAGCAUAAUGAGAAUGUGAUCAUUGAAGAAGAGACACCUAAUACCUAAUUGAAUAAAACUAGAUGCUAGUGUCAUGAAGUGGGGAUGCAUUCGUAAAAA